CCCGGCAGGCAGCGGGAUGGUUCGCGCCCCUAACGGGAACUGUGACGUCACCGCUGCCCCCGAGCACUCGAGUUGAGAAAACGCAGUCAACCAAAAGGUGUCUUUCGCUCUCUGCCUCUGCCGAAAACUUUCGAGUUGCCGCAGAUUGCGUAAUGAUGGCAGAAACUGUUGCAUCGGAAUCCAGCACCGAGAACCCGCUGGUGACCGUCACGUUCCAGCGCGAUGCCAAUAGGAAGCAGAAGUACCUGGAGGCCGAGCCCAAAGCUCUCGGGAUCGCCCAGAUUCUCCUGACCGUGCAUCUGAUUUUGUGUGUGAGUAUAUUUCCACCCAAGCACCGUGACCGUGAGAAUAUCAUCCCUUUCAUCAUUGCAUCCAUUCUGGUGCUGAUCGCUGGCAGCGUCGCAAUAGCGGCAAAGAACCUCCACCUGCCGACGCUGAGGGCCAAUUUGGGGAUGCAGAUAUUUUCCUGCGCUGCCUGCUUCUUCAACGUGAUCUGGCUGGCGAUAGACAUCGAGACCUUCUAUCCACGUUGCUGGCUCUACGAACAGGCUGAAAAUGGCACCGCGCUUCAGAUGUGCCACGCCAUCGAACGCACCAGGCAUCACCUGUUUGCACAGAACAUGCUGACCCAGGUGGCCUUGUUCGCCAUCUCCGUCACUCUGGCCGCGUACGCCUGCAAGGUGGUCAACUGCUGCGGCCCCGCCCCUAAAAUGCCGGUGAUCACGAUGGAGACGUCGCCGCCGCCUGCCCAGCCGUGAGCCCCAACUGGAUCCCGUCGUGACUUCUCCUCCGCGUCUCUUCUUCCGUGCCCUUUUUUUUGUUCACUCGCUUGUUUGUCAUGAGCUGAGCGGAUCCCCGGCCGCCACGGGAUGGGAUCUCCUCAUUGGUGACGAGUCCCCUACCUUGUGCGUUCUAGGUUUCCAUCGGCACUUUGUCUACGCAACGGAGGCUUAGGAUUGCGACUCAAGUUAGCCCCGCCCCCUGCGUGUACCGUCCGUACACUUAAAUUGAUGAUGGGAAGUAGAAUCGUAAAUUUCUUUCCCCAAACAUUUGAUGAAACCGUGAAGGGUUCGCGUGCCAUUUCAAUUGCGUCUCCGGUCAAGUAGAUUGACGACAUCAGGGGUGCCCAAUACGUCGACGGAGCGCUAGCCUGCGCGGACUGGGAUGUCGGGAAAAAUCGAAAAAAAAAAAAAGAUGUGCGUGUAACGAAUAUCCUGUAUUUUUGUGUAAGCAUCUUGUUCGUUUCACUCUCACAAAAAAACAAGCCUAUGUGUUGAGAAAAAAAAUGCAAUUUAAAAGCAGGCCACCUGGUGGCGCGUGUAUCUGCAUCUCCGCAAGUCGUUAGCGGUCGGCCACUUGCGAUUUUGGAUUUUUAAUCUUGUCAUUAAAAUUUUGUUUUAUGUCCAAUUCUUGGGUCAAAAAAAAAAAAAAGGUCAGGCACCCCUGGACUAGCCGUUGGCGCUUUAAAGCCGCACUACAUUUCAAAUACCGUUGAAUUAAAACGCGUUUUUUACAGUGUUAUUUUUUUAAAAAACGGCAAAUAAACGUGGUCGUUCGGGCCAGUUCAUGAUCGGAGCGCUACAAAAAUCCUGUGGAAGGCACAAAAAAAAAAAUCUCCACCCAUUCAAUUUUAAAAGAUGCCAUCAAUCAAAGGCGGCAUGGCUUACUUGGGAAGCCGACGAAGUCAAAUGUUACGCGUCUCCGGCGCAGCCUUGCUUGAGCCGGAUGAGAUUCCCCCAUAGCACGUCGCGGUGGCAGGCGGGACAGCGCCCCCCGAUGGGCAGGAGGUGGGAGGGCUCGGGCCGCAGGAAACGCUUAGCCAGGCAGAUCACGUGGCUGCGCAUUCCGCACGACGCGUGAACGCAACGCAGCUUUUCCCAAGGCUACGGAAGGGGGGGGGGGGGGGCACAGCGCAGGCCGAUUAAUCGGCAAGACCGCCGUCUCCAGUUGCGGACGUUAAUCGCGCUCAAACAAGGAGCGCAUCCAUUGGCUUUUUUAAAAAUUAUUAUUGUUAGCAUUCGGUUUUAUUAUGUUUAUGGCAAGUUCUGGAGCGGGUUCAGCAACUUACCAUGAGAGAGCGAUUGCAGAGGAAACACCUGCAAGUCUCCUCCCGGUCUUCGCACGCGUCUCCCGGCCGCUGCUUCUUGGCCCUGACGGCCCCGAAGGCGAGGGUGACGUGCGGAGGGGGCCGAAGAGCGGGCUCAAAGUCCACCUUGUACUUGCGUUUGAGCCAGCGAGCCGUCAGCGGCAGCCUGCUCCAGGGGGCCACGCGCAGCAUGUUGGAGACCACGCGCCAGUGGAACUGCAGGCCGGACUCUUUCCUGCCGCGCCGGCAGACGUGGGCGAGGCGCCGGGAGGAGUGCGGGUUCUGCCAUGCCCACUCAAACUGACGAGAUACGAGAAAGCCUUUUCAUCAACUGCUUCAAAUUGGGAUGUCAUCCCCCCCCCCCCCGUGGUUUGCAUACGUAGAUGGAAUUCAAGCGUGUAACAAGGAAUAUAAAUGGCAGUCCCGACCGAUUGGGCAAUUUCAUCAGACAAUAUAAAAAUCUGCUGAAUCUAUACCUAUUUUGGCUACACGCAUUUUAAAUAUAUACAGUAUAUAUAUAUUUGGGGGCCAAAUAUGAGCCAAAUAUAAAAUUCGAACAUCCUGCUCACCUCCAGAUAUAGUGCAGACUUUCCUCUCCGUCAAGCAUAUGCAAUUGUAAAACUGCAAUUCAUCUUUUCAAAAUGAAAGAGCAUGAUUUCUUCUUGGUCAUUAUGAGUUUCUGACUUUCUCAUUGAAAUAAAGCAUUUUAUAAGAAAAACAA